CUGGGAACUCUUUCUCUUUCUCUCCCUAUAUUUUGCUUUAGAAACCAACUUCUGCGACCAUCAUAAAAGCCUUGAUUGAUAGAACCCACCUCCCUCUCUCCCCCUCUCUCUCUCUCAAACUCCUUUAUUUGGUGAUCCUUUCUCUACAAUAAGCUUGUUUUUUUGUUAUACCCUUUUAGACUUAUAAAACUAUGAAGACGCCAUGAAGAGAAAGAAAGAGAAGGUAGUAGACAUAGAACUUCGUUAAGUAAUAAUAAGACAGUACGCAGUCUCAAAUGGGUGGGGAAGAAGGUGGUAGCUGGGGAACAGCCACAGACACAGUGUCACCACCAAUGGUGUCUCCUUUGAAUUUACAAAGAGAAGAGCACUGGAGACAUUUUGAUAACUCUGUGAAUGCUGUUUCUUUUGGGUUCGUAGCUACUGCUAUUUUAAUUUCAAUGUUCCUUGUUAUGGCCAUUUUUGAGAGAUUUCUCAGGCCAAGAUCCUCCACCACCUCUGCUGCUAGCACUAGGACUCCCACGGAUCUCGAAGCUAAUGUGGUUUUCCAUUCCAAGCUCGACUACCCAUCUCCAAAAAUGACGGUGUAUGCGAAAGGAGUAUCCGUGUUGAUGCCAGGAGAGGAUGUUCCAAGCUUCAUUGCACACCCAGCUCCUGCACCUUGCUCUCCUGAACCCACCAUAAAUCAAUUUGAUCAACGUCAUGACAGAAGAAUAAGACAAACUAACUAGACCAACAGUUUCUUCUUUUUUUUUUUUUCUUCUCCAUCCUUCUGUCUCCAAGAAAAACUCCAUCAAUCCUCUGUCCUAUAAGCACCAUUGCUGGUGAAUAUGAUACAUUCUGAUUCAACCCGAGUUGCCCAUAGCUUAUCUCAAGCACGUAUAUAUAUAUAUCAAAGAAGCUGAAGUUGUCUUGUCAAUGUCAUGUUGUAAUUGAUUUGGAUUACACUUUACAUUGAUAUCAAAUGCAUACUCUCUUGUUUGUUGCCUCU